AUGGUGCUAGUGCAGACACAACUUUCUCACGAAAACGAAGACCCAGCCCUUUGCGAAAACACGGAAGUGAAAAUGUCGGUAAGCAACGUUCCUCCUCUUAAAGAAGACCUAAACACAAUGAAUACGGGCUCUGUGCGAAGCACUGGCGAUAUGACUGAUUCAACUGCGUCUUUAUCAGACGACGAGCAACAAACAGCUCUAGCAACGGCCAAGGCCAACCUAAAGGCGUUGCUGGCCAAGCAUGAUCGGUCGGCGAAGCACCCUGAAGUAGAAAAAGCCAUAGAAGAGCUGUCGGCUCUGAACCCCACCAAAGAUGCAGCCAUGUCUCCUUUCCUAGAGGGAUCCUUUGUCUCACUCACACGUCCCGAGUUCCCCGGACGCCUGAAGCAAGAGCCAGGCAAGGAACACCUCGAUCAGUACACACUUGGCCGAAUGUCCUUCAACAUCUUUCAACCUGGCAAGCUAGUGUGUACUGUAAACAGUACUCAAAACGACCUGAUACUGGCGCCUGCCAAACAAGAAGAAUCAGACAAGGAGAACCAGAACAACGACAGCAGCGACGGUGAAUCUCGAACGUAUACCUAUCCCCUUUCGACUAACAUCAUCAUACACACGGAGAAGGGAGAUUUCCCAGCUUGUCUACGCAUGGAGGCUCUUUGCUCUUCCGACAAGCAACCCAAGAAUCGACUCGGUGUCACCUUUGUGGGAGGAACUUUAAUGCCAGGAGAAAAGGUCAGAUCUGAUCCCAUCCAGCUAGACCAGUGGAAAGAAGUCUUUGGUGGAGCCUACGAAAAAGCUGAAGCCGAGCGAUCCUACAUAUCGUCGUUUAUGCAAUAUCUAUUCAAGUGGAUGUUCCAACUCUCGACCCCUACAGACGAGCAAGCCCUCGCCAGUGAGAGCUGCAGUGUCAGCUUUGAAAUGAAACGGUGUCCGCAUGGAUACCUGGAUGUCAUGUACCUCGAUGAAGACCUGCGAAUUACUCGCGGAAACCGAGGCACUGUCGUAAUUGUGGAGCGAAAGAAGUAA